UUGGGUUUUAAGCUGUUUAAGUAUCCAACAGACAAACUGGAGGAGGAAGGAAGAGUUAUCAUGAUUGCUGCAACUGAGCCUCAGGACUUUGUUCCCCAUGGCAGAGAACACUGCAAGCUUCAUCCAGGUCCUGUUCAUCAAGAGAAGUCUCAACAGAGUUAUCAGUUGACAAGCCAACUAGAUCAAGAUAUUCCAAUUUGUGCUUUCAGUGAUGUAGCUAUUAGAGAUCACAGAAAGGAAUUCUGGCAUUUACGAGGACAAGAUGGUGAAAAGGCUAGUGAUUAUGAUGAAGAGCUGUAUGUGAAUGGUCACACAGUGAUAUGGAGUAAAGGAUGCUAUGUAAAUGCCAGGGUUGUGAGCAAAUGUUUCACUGUAGACUCUCCAGUGACUGAGGCAUUGUGGUGCAAUUUUAAUGCAGCAAGUGGGAAACCCAAUUUAUUACAAGACACUGUGAAGGAACAAGUGGAGUUGGUGCCAAGUAUAUGUGUAGUACAAGAAACCUCACUCAAUGUGUUUACAAUGAAAGGAGAAGAACAUUUAGUUACUCUGCCAUUUCAGGUAUCCAAGGCAUGGGUUAUAGAACAUGGUGUACUACUGGAAAGGACGUCAUCUUGUCAAGGUGAUUUAACCAGUCUCAAAAAGGAUAUUGAGACGUUGCCUUCUUUGUUCACUUUGUUGCAUCCAUUGGAUGAACCAUCACCAGUAAUAUGUAAAUAUUUAGGCGGUGUUAGUAAUAGAGUUACUUAUGUUACUGACCAAACCCAACAUAUUGUAUUUACCAGUGUUUAUCCUUCUCUUGUUAUGACAUAUGAUAGUAUUCUUGGCACUCAUACAAUUUGGGCACUCAGGAAAGCAACCACUCAGGAAGUUUGUAAUGCUUCAGGGUUGUCUGGUGUUGAUAGUCACAUGACCACCACUACCACAACACCUCUUCCAAGCACAAGUUCAGGAUUACUAUAUGGACUAAUGACAAGUAGUUCACACUCUCAUCUGAAUGCAUCUUACCAGUCACCACUCCGAGGAUCUCCAUCUAGAAGUUAUUCCAGUCGAUUUGGUUCUCCAUCAUCCAGGAUUCAUAGUCCAUCAAUAUCACACAUGGCUGCUCUCAGUCGUUCUCAGUCACCAACGGUUCAUCGAAAUAUUAGUAUGUCUCCAUCAAUGAGGUCCUCUCCUGCUGCCAUUUCAAGAUCACCAGCUACAUAUUCUUUUUCCACCUCUGCAAUAAAUGAUACUUACAUUGAUAUUGUUGAACCACUGGCUCCAGAAAUAUGUCUAGAUCAUCUCUGGUCUGAGACUUCAACCAUACCAGGGGAAGGCACUUCAAAUCGAGCAUCUAAAGUAUUCCUUGCACGUGACAUGUGUGGACAGAGGUUCGUAUGUUAUCUCAUUGACAACCGUAGGCAGCUAUGUUGUGUGAAAUACAGUGAAAGUAAUGAUAGAAAAUUAAACAUGAUCUUAACUGUUGAUUACAAUGGGAGUUUGGUUCUAUACAGUGGAUUUAUCAAGGUGGGCAAGGUUCACAUCACUAGUGUGACAUCAUCAUUGUCUAUGUCAGGGCCACUGCCACGUCCCAGUACACCGUUAGACAGUCCAAGAUUACCUAUUACAUCUAGUAGACCAUCCAGUGCCAUGGAUACUGUAAUGGAUGAGGUUGUAUUGCUUUCACCAGUGCCAGCUGAAUUCAGUGAUUCUUCUAAACUACAAGAUUCCUAUCCUGGUGGAUCCUAUAUGGAUGACUAUCCAUUCAACAGUAGUGCUCAUAUUGUUGCUCUCAGAGAUCAAGUAGCAAACAGAUUUACAUUGGAACUGGCUAAUGGUAAUAUGAAGAGAACCACUCUACCUGAAUUGUGUUCCUGUCCAUUAGUUAAGAGAUGUUUGGAUGCCUUGCAAUACAUACUACCGAGAGAUGUUGCCAUACAACUCAUGGUAAAAUGGUAUGUUACACACAAUGCACCAGGAGGACCAACCAGACAGUCAGAGUGGUACAGGUUUAUGAUGUGCUUGCUUGGGUUGGUCGGUUACAACAUUGCUAAGCUGCAACUAACUCAUCAGAUGGAUGCAGAUUGUUCUCUUUCGCCUGUUAUUGCUAAGAAACACAAACCAUCUGGAUGCAAUGAGGACUGGGAAUAUGUUUUCUCAUCUGAGUAUCACAAAACAGAAGGUCAAAUAAUGUCAAGAUUGAUGCAUUUUCAAGAUUAUAAAAGUCACCAUCAGGAGACCAGUUCUGCCAAUACUUGUGGAAUCAUGGACAAAGGAGCUCCUUUAUUCACAUAUAUUCCUACAAUAUUAUUUACUCUACAUCUUGUGUAUGAGGAAUUGAAGUUGGACAACAUGUUAUCUAAACGUUCUGUGGAUUUGGCAACUAUACUAACUCAAUUAGCCAGUGAUUUACAAUGGACUAGCUAUGUAGAUAUCUACUUUAGAGAUCAUCCUAUGGUAGUAGCUAAUGUUAAUGUGGAAAAUAGUCAGAUGCAACCAGAGCACCCUUCCAUGAUGCAGUUUGCUAGCUAUAUUACAAAAGAACCCCCCAGUGUACACCAGAGUUUGUUUCACUUGAUCAAAGGCAUUCCAAUUACUGCUUACCCAUAUCUUUUAAACAUCAAUAAGAAAUCUCAUGAUGUAAUUCUGUUAUAUGCGACUUUUUUAACUUCCGACACUGUCACCAGUGUACAGCAACUAGAAGAACAAUAUAUACACAGAUUACAUGCAACAGGGCCAAAGCAGUAUGCCACUGCUGAAGAGAAAUGCAUGUUGUCAUUCAAUGAUGAGUGUUCCAAUGCUGAAAGGGUUGUUCUAUGUAUGACAAAUAUGAAAAUAACACUACAGGACUUGGAGUGCUUACCCUUUGGAAUUUUGGUUCCAUUGCGUGAUGCUAUAUAUCGUUGUAGAAGUGAUCCCCCACCUGAUUGGCCAGAGACAGCAUAUAUGCUGAUUGGACGACAAGACCUGUCUGCAGAAGCUCGUCUCUUGGAGAAAAAGGAACAUCCACCACCGAUUGAAGAAGAACCUCUAGAUGAAGAUGAAGAUGGUAUGGAAUGUUUAGACCAGGAAUUACUCAAACUGCGAUUUCCUGAUGAUCUGAGAGUUCAGGAAGUUAGAAGACUUCUUCAAUCAUCCAAGCCAGUCAGAAUAGCUGUAGUACAAAGGCCAGAAGUCAGUGAUCAUGACUACAUAGAGGAACAAGAGAUGAAGUUGUUGGCUGUCAGUCAAAGAACCAUGGCAUUACCUGUUGGAAGAGGAAUGUUUACUCUUUGUACCUGCCAUCCUAUUGUGACUGAGACUUUACCCAUUCCAAAAUUGAAUCUAACCGGAAGAGCACCACCAAGGUAAACAACAGUGAGACUCUCAGGUCAGUACAUGAACAGUUGGCCAUUAUUUCACAAUGGUGUAGCUGCUGGUUUGAGAAUUGCCCCAGGAGACUCUCAGAUUGAUUCCACAUGGAUAGUAUAUAAUAAACCCAAAACUGGUCUUGGAAGUGAGUUGACCAAUGAACAUGCUGGGUUUUUGAUGGCACUGGGUCUUAACGGUCAUCUAGCCAAACUGAAUACAUUAAAUUUACAUGAAUACCUUAUCAAAGCUCAUGAAUUUACAAGUGUGGGAUUGUUAUUGGGAUGUGCAGCUGUCAAACGUGGUACCAUGGAUGUGGCUGCAACAAAGAUGCUGAGUAUCCAUGCUGAAGCUCUGCUUCCAGUAUCCUCAUCUGAUUUAGAUGUUCCUCAUAUAGUUCAAGUGGCUGCUAUUAUUGGUACUGGAUUAGUAUAUCAAGCUACUGCACAUAGGCAUAUAGCUGAAGUCUUGUUAUCAGAAAUAGGUAGACCACCAGGUCCUGAGAUGGAAAACUGUACAGACAGGGAAUCUUACUCUUUAGCUUCUGGUUUGGCACUUGGAUUAGUAACCCUUGGUCAUGGUAGCAGUGCUGUUGGUUUAUCAGAUCUCAACAUUCCAGAUCAACUUUAUCAUUACAUGGUAGGAGGACAAAGAAGAGCUCUGACUGCUGCUCAGAGAGAAAAGUUUAAAUCACCAAGUUAUCAAAUCAAAGAAGGUGAUCAAGUAAAUACUGACUUAACAUCACCUGGCGCAACGUUAGCAUUGGGACUCAUGUUUCUAAAGACUGGAAAUAGUGCUGUUGCUCAGUGGUUAGCUGCACCAGACACACAAUUCCUGUUGGAUUUUGUCAGACCUGAUUUUCUCAUAUUGAGGAUUCUAAGUCGAGGUUUAAUCUUAUGGGAAGAUAUCCGACCAACAAAACAAUGGGUGGAAAGCAAUGUGCCCAAGAUUGUACAGAAAUAUUCAUUUAAGAAAAAUACUGUUGAUGACGAAAGUAAUGUAGAUGAUGAUAUAGACUUGCAAACAAUGAGCCAAGCAUACUGCAAUAUUUUAGCUGGUGCCUGUAUGUGUGUUGGUCUAAGAUUUGCAGGAUCAGCAAACCAUGAUGCCUUCAAGUGUCUAUUACACUUUGCCAAAGAAUUCUCAGACCUCACAACAAAGCCUGAUGCUGAUGUGGCUGGUAAGAACACCAUAGAGAUUUGUCUCAAUGCUAUUGUGCUGUCUCUAUCAAUGGUGAUGGCUGGAACUGGUAACCUACAAGUGUUAAGGCUCACCAGAUAUCUACAUACUAGACUUGGUACUGAAGUGAAUUAUGGAAGUCACUUAGCUACACACAUGGCUUUAGGGUUUCUAUUUCUUGGCGGUGGUCGUUAUACAUUGAGUACAUGUAAUACAGCUAUUGCAGCACUGGUCUGUUCUGUGUUUCCCAGGUUUCCAAUCAAUAGUAAUGACAACAGGUAUCAUUUACAAGCAUUACGACAUCUGUAUGUACUAGCAGCUGAACCCAGACUAGUAUUACCCAGAGAUGUAGAUUCAAAUAAACCAUGCUAUGCAAGAUUACAAGUUGUAUUCAAGGAGACUAAAUGGUAUAAAGAGUUUAAGACAGAGAUGAUGGCUCCCUGUAUUAUACCAGAAUUGGAUUCCUUAAAACAAAUAUGUGUCCUUGGGCCACGAUACUGGAAAGUCAAGUUAGAUGUUGACAAAUAUCAAGACACUGUGAAAGCAAUACUUAAUAACAAUGGUACAUUGUAUGUUAAACAGAGAGCUGGUCAUCUUUCAUAUGUGGAAGAUCCAAAGGGAUUCCGUAGUCUGUUAGCACAGACUUUUACUCAUGAUCAAGUUGGUCAUCAAACAGUCAAACCUGAUAUAAUUCGCUCAUUUACUUCAAACCCUACAAUUUUGGCUUUUGCUGAAUAUUGCUGCAGUCAAAAGCUUUCAUCCAAAGAAGAAAGAGAGAUAAUUUCUUUGUUUUGUUCAGUUUUAUAUGAAUGUAUCACAAAAGAAAAACCUGAGAUACUAGAAACUUAUAUUGCAAUGGACCAGGUGGUGAGAAAUAUUAGGACUUCAUCAAACCCUCUGUACCUGUGGCAAAUAAAACUGAUCCAAACUUACUAUGAUGUGGCAUAUCCAAAGUUACACGAUACACUGCCAGGCACUAUGGGAUGGCCACUUAUCAAUGCUGAAUUCUUAGCUUCAAUCAAAAGUCGAAUUGAUAAAUGUAUUGACGAUUGGCUUCAAGGCAGUUCCCAAGCUGUGGCAGCAUACUUAAAUCGGAAAACUAUUCCCCAAGCAGAUCUGCAAUUACUUGUGCGUUUUCUGCUUUUUCAUGACAUUCCACCAUCAAAUGUAUUUAAUAGAAUCAAAAGUUCAGGUUGUAAAAGCAUUCCUGAAAUGAUUGAAGCGUUGAAGUCACUGCAACUACCUGUAUCAACAAUAAUGAGACUAUUGCCAGCUAUCAUCUAAGUAUUGCUGAAACUACUGCACUUAUUAUUGGAUACUUACAGGGAUUCAAAAUUAUAUUAAAUCAUGAUACUCACAGCUUGGCAAAAUAAAAACAUUGUGAUU